CAGUCAGCGGGGCCCGGGGGCGGGUCCACGCGGAAGGCGCGCGGCUUGAACGCGCCAACUGCCAGCGCGAGAGAUCGAUCCAGGCCCGGAGCGGGAAAAACCCGGGGACAGCGGACAGAAGAGAGCGGGCAACCCGGGGACAGGAGCGGGCAACCCGGGGACAGCGGACAGAAGAGAGCGGGCAACCCGGGGACAGCGGACAGAAGAGAGCGGGCAACCCGGGGACAGGAGCGGGCAACCCGGGGACAGGAGCGGGCAACCCGGGGACAGGAGUGGGCAGAAGAGAGCGGGCAACCCGGGACAGGAACGUGGAGAAGAGCGGGCAACUGGGGGGGUGGGCAGAGAUAGAGGCGCCAAGGGCGGUGUGAGCCUGGUGACCUGAAGGGAGAGAGAGAGAGACGACGAACACGGUGACCCGAGGAGAGAAGCGACAAGGCCUGGGUGAGCCCGGUAACCCGAGCAGAGAGAAAGGCGCCGAAUGCAACAUAAGCCCCGUGUCCUGAGGAUGGCGUGAACCCAGUGCCCUGAGAAGAGAGGCGCUAAGCCCCAGGAGAAGGAGCCUGGUGACCUGAGAGAGAGGGCACCGAGGACGGGGUGAACCCAGUGACCCACGGAGAGAAGCGUUGAGGAAGUGAAGCCCCAGGAGGAGCCUGGUGACCUGAGGAGAGGGAGGGGACGUCAAGGAAGGGUGAGCCCGGUGAACUGCGGACGGAGAGAGGAGCUCAGGCUGUUGUGGGUGAGAAGGGAAAUUGGGAUGAUCCAGGACAUUAUAGGUGGAUGAGCCUCAAAUCAAAGUUCAAGAGGAAAAUGUCUAAAUACAAUCCAAAAAAGAGGAAACUUAGUUCUUCUAAAGGUGAUGGGCAAGAUUACACCCCCAUCAACACUCCAAUAUCAGGAACAGCGGGAAGAAAAAGAAUACUUAAGUUUGAUGAUGUUGACUGUUCAUUAAAAAUUACCUCGCCUAAGUUAACAACCUCAAAGUUAAUACAUUCUCAAAGUGAUAGUAAUUAUAAAGAAAAUAUCAUCAAUUGUGCUUCAGACAAUUUGUCUAUUAAUGAACAUCAAGAUGAUUCACAGAAAACCUCCAGACUGACUUCUAAUGAAAAGGACUGUCCAUGCGAGUCUGUAAUGUCUCCAAAGUCUUUUUACAGGAUGGAAAAGCAGUCGUAUCUCACCCCUCUUGAGAGAAAAUUAAUCAAUCACAAUAAGCUUCCUAAGUCGGUUGCUCCAACUCAACAAUCUGAAAUGGAGAGCGUAAAAUAUCAAGCAAAGGGAAAGAUAGGAACAAAAGAAAGAAUGUCAAUUGUUUCCAUUUCUAAAGUUCCAUUCGCUUCAAAGGAAUCACAAAUAGAUAAAGUCAAAUCGAACGCUACUUCAAAACGGACCAUUCUGAAAGAUAGUGUGCAUUACGGAACCAUGGCCAAAACACUUACUUUUAGUUCAAGGAUAAAUGGUUUGAAGGUACAGCAAAGACCUAGAAUUCAAAAAGGAGCAGCUUUCUUUUCUACUGGUAGAAAAUCCCAGCCUUGCUUCAAAAAGAGUCUUCCAGAAACUAACAACAAAUCGCUUUCAUCUGAUGGCGUAAGCCAACGAAGGGAGAGUAACGACAAAGACGAGUCCAAUCUUAACAAACUUCUGACAGGUGAUUACAGCAAUAAAUUGAAUGAGAAGAUCAAUGACAACGCUUCUAGUAUGAAAGCCAAACGAGGAAAAGUUGAAAAAUCUACACACUUAACUGCACAUUUAGUCAAUGUUUUGCUUACUAAAGAAUUGAAGGUGGUACUUCAGAGAAUCGAAGUGAAACAAUCCAAUUAUUCAACAUUUGCAACCAUGGAGAAGUCAUUGCAACAGAAAGAUUCAACGGCAGAAAAUGAAAAAAAUACCAGUUUGGAGCAAGAAGAUGAAAGAUCGCUUGGAAAUACUGAAAAAAAUAAAGGCUUGCUGUCGACUGCUGCUAUCUAUCCCAUCUUUAGUAUUCGUCCUGGCAGCAAAAGAUGUGAGCUACCAAAAGAAGAAACGACAACCAUUGGACCCAGCAAUUCUGUUUCUCUCCCCAAGUUGCCUUUACAGAAAAACAAAAAGAGAGAUUUCGAAAAAGUACAUAGUGAUCAGUUAAUAAUAGAUGCGGGUCAGAAGCAUUUUGGACCCAUCAUGUGCAAGUCCUGUGGCAUGAUUUAUACAGCAGCCAAUCCUGAGGAUGAAGUGCAGCAUAUAAAAUAUCACCAAAGGUUCCUGGAAGGGCUUCGUUUUGUGGGAUGGAAGAAAGAGCGUGUUGUGGCAGAAUAUCUCGAUGGAAAGAUUAUUAUGAUUCUCCCUGAUGAUCCUAAGUAUGCUCUCAAAAAGGUGGAAGAAGUGAGAGAGUUGGUUGAUAGCGAAUUGGGGUUUCAACAAGCCACAUUAAGCUGCCUAAGCCAAAGUAAAACCUACAUGUUUAUCUCUAAUGAAAAGAAGAUUGUUGGCUGUCUUAUUGCAGAACAUAUCAAAAAGGCCUUCAGGGUGCUAUCAGAGCCUGCUGAUCAGAAAAUAACUGAGAACAAUGUGCUAUUUGAAUAUCGGCGUGCCUGGCAAUGUGCUGCAAAGUCCGAAGAAGCUCUCUGUGGUGUGAGCAGAAUCUGGGUAUUUUGCAUGAUGAGAAGAAAGAAAAUCGCCAGCAGAAUGUUAGAUGCUGUCCAAAAUACUUUCAUAUAUGGAACAUACCUGAAUAAGAAUGAAAUCGCCUUCUCUGACCCAACACCAUCCGGAAAGCUGUUUGCAACUAAAUACAGUAAAACUCCAAACUUUCUUGUUUAUAACUUGUUAACAUGAAAAGUAAACUUGUUUUAGUAAAUGUUGGCCUGUUGAUGGUUUUGCUUUGCCUUUUAGUUUUUAACAAACUUCACUAUUGUAAAAUGUUUCUAUAAUGCUGUGCAAUUUGCAAAUUUGAUCCAAGAACCAUUGCAGCACUAACAAUUGAAAUAAUAUUCAUUUGGAUUUGUGAAAAGUUUAACUGAUAAUUAAAAGUAUGAAUGUGUAGUUGUCAUUUAUGAAUUUCAUCAAUAAAAAAUUAUAGUUUGUA